GGGCUGGGGUGAAAAAGGGGGACCUGAGAGGCCUCCCAAAUUUUGGGGGUCCCCAAACCCCCCUUUUCCCCCCAGUUACCAGUACUGCAAGAACAAACCCUACCCCAAGUCCUGCUUCUGCCGGGGCUCCCCAGACCCCAAAAUCCGGAUUUUCGACCUGGGGAGGAAGAAGGCGAAGGUGGACGAGUUCCCCCUGUGCGGGCACAUGGUGUCGGAUGAGUACGAGCAGCUCAGCUCCGAGGCCCUGGAGGCCGCCAGGAUCUGUGCCAACAAGUACAUGGUGAAGAGCUGUGGCAAGGACGGCUUCCACAUCCGCGUGCGCCUGCACCCCUUCCACGUCAUCCGCAUCAACAAGAUGCUCUCCUGCGCUGGGGCAGACAGGUGGGGGCCCAAAAAUCCAUGGGAAAUGGGUUGGGACCUCGGGAAUGGGGUUGGAACCUUGGGAUUGUGAUUGGAAUUUCGGGAA